GAAUUAACUACAUUAUUCAUGCCGUUCCUCGACCUAGAAGCAGUUGUGCCAGCGAUGAAGAGUUUAUUCAGAUAGCCGUCAAAGCGGCACAAAACUCAAUUAUUCUGGCUGACCGAGAAGGGCGAGAAGAAAUUGACAAACUAGCCAUUUGUCUGAUUGGAGGAGAGAUUUAUCGAGGCUCUUGUAGCCCAGAAAAAUUAGCCGAGGGGAUAAUUAGAGCAAAAGCUCAUCAACUAGAAAAUGAAUUAUUUAUGUCCGGUCAAACUUACUUCUUUGAAGAAAAUAACGAAUUUGGUGGAAGUAUAAAAAACAAUAAAUCCAAAGGCAUAGAAGCCAGGGUAGGAGAUAUAACUGCAAUGAAAAAUAACACCAAGAAAAAAAUCGCCAUUGCGUUAGGAGCCGAAGCCAGUAGUGUCGACCAGCAACGAAAAGGUUUAAUGAAAAAAUUUAAUUCCUUAGCACAUGAUAGCCAAGAAAAUGAUGAUGAUACCGCUAAA